AGUCUCUCUCACAUCUCUUUCAACCACACCAUUUUCAGGCCUGCAGGCAAAAAGCUAGAGACGUAAUGAUACUAUAAAACAAGCCUAGUUAUUUAUUAUUUAAUACCCCACCCUCGACUCUAUGUCCUACACUGGACAGCAUUUUAAACAGGCCAUUCUCUUGGAACACUUUGUCUCCAAGUCAUUUUCACUUUCUGAAAUUAUGCACUCUCAAACAUGGAAAUCCAUGGCAAUGGCUGCACUAGUGGUUCAGCUGAGCAUUUCCAUGGGUGUAGAUUCUUCUUUACCUCAUCCUGAUAAGAUUGCCAGGCUUCCCGGACAACCCCAUGUGGGGUUCCAACAAUUUUCAGGUUAUGUCACUGUGGAUAAUAACAAGCAUAGAGCUCUUUUCUAUUACUUUGUUGAAGCAGAAAUAGAUCCAGAAUCCAAGCCCUUGGUUCUCUGGUUGAACGGAGGGCCUGGCUGUUCUUCUCUGGGAUUAGGGGCAUUCUCUGAGAAUGGACCUUUUAGGCCAGAGGGAAGAGUUCUGAUUAGAAAUGAGCAUAGCUGGAAUAGAGAAGCAAAUAUGUUAUAUUUGGAGACACCAGUAGGCGUGGGGUUUUCUUAUGCUACAAAUAGCUCCUCUUUUGUAGCAGUAGAUGAUGAGGCAACAGCCAGGGACAAUCUUUUGUUCUUGCAAGGCUGGUUCCACAAGUUCCCUCGAUACAGGAGCACAGAUUUGUUUAUAGCAGGGGAAAGUUAUGCAGGCCACUAUAUUCCUCAACUUGCAAAGCUUAUGAUUGAAGUUAACAAGAAGGAGAAGUUAUUCAAUUUGAAAGGAAUUGCACUAGGUAAUCCUGUUCUAGAUUUUGCUACAGACUUGAAUUCAAGGGCUGAGUACUUCUGGUCUCAUGGAUUGAUAUCAGACUCAACAUAUAAAAUGUUCACUUCAGCUUGUAACUAUUCAAGAUAUGUGAGCGAAUAUUAUAGAGACUCGGUUUCAUCUAUUUGUUCAAUAGUUAUGAAACAGGUUAACACAGAAACCAGUAGGUUUGUGGACAAAUAUGAUGUUACCCUUGAUGUUUGUGUUUCAUCAGUCUUCUCACAAUCAAAGUUUAUAAGUCCUAAGCAAGUAUCUGAGAGGAUUGAUGUUUGUAUAGAAGACGAAACCGUGAAUUAUCUGAAUCGGAAGGAUGUCCGGAGGGCUCUCCAUGCUCGGCUUAUUGGAGUUCGCAGAUGGGAAGUUUGCAGCAACAUUCUAGAUUAUGAGUUUCUUAACAUAGAGAAACCAACAUUCAAUAUUGUUGGAUCACUUAUCAAGGCUGAAAUUCCAGUUCUCGUUUACAGUGGAGAUCAAGAUUCUGUUAUUCCGUUGACCGGUAGCCGCACGCUUGUCCAUAGGGUAGCAAAAGAGCUGGGACUCAACACGACCGUCCCUUACAGAGUUUGGUUUGCAGGAAAGCAGGUUGGUGGUUGGACUCAGGUUUAUGGUAACAUCCUCUCAUUUGCUACCAUCAGAGGCGCUUCUCAUGAAGCUCCAUUCUCACAGCCUGAAAGAUCACUGAUGUUAUUUAAGUCGUUCCUGGAAGGUAAACACUUACCUGAAGUUUUCUGAUGAGCUACUAAUUAAGGUACUAAAUGUUCAGACUCCAAAGUGAUAAUAUUGAGAUUGCAUGUAUACAUGUGAUGUGACUAUUAAUUCACGGCAGCAUUGUUUGUUCCUGCCAAAGAAACUUAAGCAUCCAUUAGUUUGUAAAUCUGGUUUUCUCAAUGCAAAAUAUCUUUGUUGGAGAAA